AUGGAAAUGACUGCAUUGCGAGUGUUGGCUAGAGUUCCCGGUUCUAUAUAUACGGAUCUCAUGAGAAAUAAUAUCCUCAAAGAGGAUCCUUAUUAUGGGAGCAAUGACUUCAACUAUAAGUGGGUUUCUUAUGAUAACUGGACUUUUGAGAAGAUAUUCAAUGCCGAUGAAAGUGUUAUUAACAAGAAUGGAGUAUAUCUUGUUUGCCACGGUUUGGACACAAUCAGUAAAAUAUAUUUAAACGAUGUCUUUAUCGGAAGCACUGAUAAUAUGUUCAUUCGAUAUAAAUUCGAUAUAAAACCCAACUUAAGAUUAGGACAAAAUUUAAUUAGGAUUUCAUUUGAAUCGGCCGUCACUUACGCCAAGAAGGUUCACGACCAGCACAUCCACACACGAUAUAUAGUACCUCCAGAAUCGUCUCCUUUUGUUCAGAGAGGGGAACUCCACGCAAAUUAUAUCCGGAAAAUGCAGUCAUCAUUUAGUUGGGAUUGGGGACCGUCUUUCCCAACACAAGGAAUUUGGAAGAAUAUUGAAGUCGAAGCCAUCGAUUCGGCCAUAAUUAGGGAUAUUUCUGUCAAAACAAUUCCUCUAAAUAAUGACAAAUGGGUUCUCAAUACUACACUCUAUUUUGAGUCUAUAUAUAGAAGUUCUUUUGAGGCAUUGCUUCAAAUAUCCAUUUAUAAUACACUUCUAUACAGAAGUCGUGUCCAGUUGAGCCCAUCAUCCGAUGGCAGCGCAACAAUGAAUCUCCAAAUCCCAGUGAAUGAGUCGAUUGUUAUUCACAAGUGGUAUCCCAACGGAAUGGGAUCUCAAAUGCUAUACGAGCUCAGAGUGGCACUCACCACAACUGAAGAAACUUUUGACAAAAGCAUUAAAAUUGGAUUCAGAACUAUUGAGUUGAUUCAAGAUCCCAUAAAUCCAAAAGGAUUGACAUUUUAUUUCAGAGUAAAUGGACUGCCAUUAUAUGCAAAGGGAUCAAAUUGGAUACCGGGCCACAUCUUCCAAGAGUCGCUGACUACUGAAUAUUUAAGAAAUUUAUUGCAAUCGACUCGUGAGGCCAAUAUGAAUAUGUUGAGGGUUUGGGGCGGAGGGGUGUAUGAGUCGGACGAGUUCUAUGAGAUGGCCGAUGAGUUGGGAGUACUUAUUUGGCACGACUUCAUGUUCGCCUGUGCUCUCUAUCCAGUCAACGAUGAGUUCCUCAUAUCAGUCAACACUGAAAUCACACAACAGGUCCGCCGCCUUCAACAUCAUCCGUCCAUUGCUUUGUGGGCCGGUAGGUGGAAUAACGAGAACGAGGCAGCGCUGGCACAGAUGUGGUGGCCCGAGAUUUUCAUGAAUAGGCAAAUAUAUACCAGAGAUUACAUCAAACUCUAUGUGGAAGUCAUCCGAGAGAUUGUGCUCAGAGAAGACAAUUCUCGACCCUAUCUAACCUCGAGUCCGUCCAAUGGUUUGGAGACAAUCAAAAACAAUUGGCUGUCAAACGAUCCCCAAAGUAAUAUCUACGGCGACGUCCACUUCUACUACUACGCGCCCGAAGCCUGGGUUUCGCCUGUGCUCUCUAUCCAGUCAACGAUGAGUUCCUCAUAUCAGUCAACACUGAAAUCACACAACAGGUCCGCCGCCUUCAACAUCAUCCGUCCAUUGCUUUGUGGGCCGGUAGGGAAUAACGAGAACGAGGCAGCGCUGGCACAGAUGUGGUGGCCCGAGAUUUUCAUGAAUAGGCAAAUAUAUACAAGAGAUUACAUCAAACUCUAUGUGGAAGUCAUCCGAGAGAUUGUGCUCAGAGAAGACAAUUCCCGACCCUAUCUAACCUCGAGUCCGUCCAAUGGUUUGGAGACAAUCAAAAACAAUUGGCUGUCAAACGAUCCCCAAAGUAAUAUCUACGGCGACGUCCACUUCUACUACUACGCGCCCGAAGCCUGGACAAUCAAAAACAAUUGGCUGUCAAACGAUCCCCAAAGUAAUAUCUACGGCGACGUCCACUUCUACUACUACGCGCCCGAAGCCUGGGAUUGGAAACAGUAUCCGAGCACUAAGUUUGCCUCAGAAUAUGGGUUCCAAUCGUACCCUUCAGUGAAAACUUUAUCCAAAGCUGUCAACUCUUCUGAUCUCAGAUAUCCAUUAACCCCUGAAAUGAGUCAAAGACAACAUCACGGGAACGGAAACUAUGAAAUCACAGCUUUAAUUGAGAAGAAUAUGAAACUUCCGGUCAGCGGAGGGAUCGACAGAUUCAAUGAUUUCGUAUAUUUGUCACAAAUAGCACAAGCGAUGGCUCUUAAG